AUGGACAAGGACAGUCUGGAGAAGUUUCAAGCACAGAUCUCUGUUUUAUCGGCGAAAGAGAUCGAAAAGACCAUGAAGAGGCUGAGCAAAGAUGAGUUUGACAUGUUUAUAGAUGUUUUAGAGAACUACAACAUGGACUUGGCAAAAGAUCUUGAACAAGCAAGGAAUGACAUGAGGCAAAGGCUGGAGAAUCACAAGAUGCUUUUUGAAUGCGUUUGGGACAUAAUUCCUGGCGAUGUUAGAAGACAUUUAAUGGGAUACUACCGAACGAUGAGCGAUAUUCUAUAG